AUGAACGGCGGUUCCUCGCACAAGACUAACCCUUGGCUCUCCCCCGCCCUCUGGGGACGUAGUGUGGCCCUCUUGGCGGUCUUUGUGGAGUUAAACGUAGACACGGGAGCAGAAAGACAGGCGCUGAAAGAAAAUGUGUACCCCAAACUGAGAGAAUUCUGCAGAGAGAACUAUGGGCUGGAGUUUCAGGUCAUCGAUCUGUACUGGGGAGUUGAUGAAGGCGAGUGGGACAGCCCAGAGCUCCAGAAGACCCGGAUGAAGCUGCUGGAAGAUUGUUUGAAAACUUCUGCAGGUCCAUGUUUUGUUGGACUGUUAGGUGAAAAAUACGGGAACAUCCGAAUCCCUGGAGAAGUGGAAGCCUCGGAAUUUGAAAUGAUACUAGAUGCUGCCAUCGAGGCAAAGCUGGAGACCAAGUUACUGGAAGAGUGGUACUGUCGCGAUGAGAACUCGGUGCCGCCAGCCUAUUACCUCAGGCCCAAAUCGGAUCUGCUGAAGAGCAAUAAAAAUGCACUGCAACCUUCUGCCAACACGGAGAAUGAGAAGAAAUGGCAAGAGAUAUCAGAUGAGAUCAAGAAGAUAUUUAAGGCUGCUGUAAAACUGCUGCAUGAAAAGGGGAAAAUGAAACACAGCCAAGCUAAGAGGUACCUGUUCUCAGCCAUAGAGGACGAGUUUGACUUCGCUCUAGGAAAACAAACCCCUGCGUUCCUAAAGAAAUGUGUUUGUUACAUCAGGAAGAUUGCGAACAUUGAGCGUUUCGUGAAAAUCCCCGAGAUGGGGAAAUACAUGGAUCUAACUGGAACAGACCCAAGGAUUAUUCGAGACCCAGAAGCCCAAGAAAAGCUGGUUAAACUCAGGGAUGAAUUUAUUCCGACGAUUGUCGCGUCGUCAAAUCUGAGAGUGUACACAUCUGUUACUCAUUGUGACAUGAAGCUAGGCUAUUCCCAAGAAAUAGAGAAUCAUUACAUAGAAGGGCUCGGCAAGCAAUUUUAUGAGGAUAUGAUUGAUAUAAUCCAGGCGACGGUACAACAGAAUUUUGACACUGAAACUGACACGCUCUAUGAUGAAAUCCUACAGCAUUCCUCCUUGUGUAAAACAUAUGCCUCCUUCUAUGAGUACAAGUGCGAAUCCCUGAACAUAGUGCAGAAAUACAUCCUUCCCAGCAAAACUGGCCACAUAAACCCGCUUAUUAUCUACGGUGGACCAUGCACAGGGAAGACUCUUCUGCUAGCCGAAGUAGCAAAAAAGGCUUACGGCUGGCUCCAUGAAGACGGGGGACCAGACUCUGACCCAGUCAUAGUUGUGAGAUUUCUGGGAACUACAGACAUGAGCACCGACCUUAGGAACCUCCUGCUGAGUAUAUGUGAACAGCUGGCAGUUAACUACCGGUGUCUGGUUCAGAGCUACCCCAAAAAGAUCCACGACCUCCGUGACUUAUUCAUCAACCUUUUGAAUGAGUCUUCCCUGCAGAGACCUCUCGUGAUCAUCUUCGAUGCCCUGGAGCAGCUCUCUGAGAGUGACGACGCCAGGAAGCUCUGGUGGCUGCCUGCCCACCUGCCCCGCUUCGUCCGGAUCGUGCUGUCCACACUGCCCAACAAACACGGGAUCCUGCAGAAACUCCGGUGCCUUAUCCACAGCGAAGACCGCUACAUCGAGCUGAUCCCCCGGGACAAGAAGAUGUGCAGCCAGGUCCUCAAGCACCAGCUGCUUCGGGUCAAAAGGAAGGUGACGUCGGGCCAGCAGAUUUACGUGAACAACGCCUUCUCCAAGUGCACGCUGCCAAUGUUUGUGAACCUGACCUUCAGGGAGGUGAGGCACUGGAGAUCGCACAAAGAUGUCAAUGAGUCAUCCCUCUGUGUCACCGUGCAUGAAAGUAUAGAGCAGUUAUUCUGGUCCUUGGAGAAGAGGUGCGGUCAGAAGCUGGUCUCCAGGGCCCUGGGCUACAUCACAAUGGCCAAGAUGGGUCUGAGCGAGAUGGAACUAGAGGAUGUGUUAGCCUUAGACAACAUGGUGAUGAAUGAGCUCAAUGAGAAUGCCAGGCCCGACAACCCGCUGAGAGUCCCCUACUUAUUCAUCGCACGGCUGAAAGAGGGCCUCAGCGGGUACUUGAUAGAAAGGCACGUGAAGAACAUCACCCUCCUGGUGUGGGCCAACAGACACCUGCAGCUCAUUGCCCAGAAGCUGUAUCUGCAGGAUGAGAGUCAACUGCAUGAGAUGCACGCCAUCAUGGCCGAUUAUUUCCUCGGGGUCUGGUCAGGGGGCAGGAGGAAAGCCUUCUGCCUCGAGGACCCCUACUUGAACGGCUGCCUGGACUUGGAGAACAGAAGCCUGCUGGAGGAGGAGAAGCACUUCUUGGAGCAGGCGUCCUUCGACAGGCAAGCCCCGGACCAGCCCUGGGUCUUCCAGUGUAACCCACUGGAGCCCGAUAUCUUCUUUGUCAACCACCGGAAAAUGUCGGAGCUCUUGUACCACUUAACCAAGAGCGGGAAAACCGAUGACUUGCUGUAUGGCAUCAUCAUGAACUUCAGCUGGCUUUACACCAUGAUCAAAAUCGGCCAGUUUGACAAAGUGCUGUCAGACAUCGAGCUGGCUUACAACCACUCGCAGGAGAAGGAGCUGAAGUUCCUGGCCAGCACCCUCCGCAGCAUCAAAAGCAAGGUCGUUGCCUUUCCCGGCUCCCUCUCAGCAGAGCUGCAGCAGAGGCUGCUGCCCGUGGUGAGUUCCUUGCCCAAACUUCGCCACCUUCUUUUGGAAUGUGACAAAGACGGGCCCAAAUACUGCUCCAUUGUGCCCUUACAUUCAUCCAUGGACGUGACCUAUAGCCCCGAGCGGCUGCCCUUAUCCUCCAGUCACCUGCAUGUCACGGAGAUCCUUCCUACCUGUAACCCCAGCACUGUCCUUACCGCUUUGGAAAACGGGUCCAUCAGCACAUGGGAGGUGGAGACCCGCCAGCUCCUCCGGCAGAUCACGACCGCCCAGUCAGUCAUCCUGGGCAUGAAGCUCACUGGUGACGAAAAGUAUCUUGUCGUGGCCACCACAAACAACACCUUGUUGAUUUAUGACAAUUUGAAUUCGUGCCUCCUGUCUGAGGUGGAAAUAAAAGGAACCAAGCACGGAAGCGCCUCCACCUACAUCAAUGGAUUCACACUGUCGGCCAACCACGCGCUGGCAUGGCUGGAGGCCAGCAAAGAUGUCACCGUCAUCGAUCUGCUCUACGGAUGGCCCCUUCAUCAGUUCCACUGCUGGUACGAAGUGACCUGUGUCCAGUGCUCUCUGGACGGGAUGUACGCUUUCUGCGGCCAGUACCUGAACACCACCACCAUCUUCCACCUAGGGAAUGGAGAAAAGUUAUGUACAGUGACGUCUGAAUUCUCCGGUGGGUUUGUGAAGUUUCUCCUGAUCUUGGAUACAGCUCAAGAAAUGGUGAUGGUAGACAGCGAGGGGAGUCUGUCUGUUUGGAAUACUGAGGACAUGGCUAACCCCCAGCUGACCGAUGACUUUGACUGCCGAAGAGAAGACAGUGACGUGGUCAGCAUCGAACUGUCCGAGGACCAAAGUGCAAUUCUUAUUUGCAAAGCGCUUAGCAUCGAACUCUUAGACACCAGCGUGUGGAAGGUGGCCGAGAAGUUCCGAGCCAAGCACAAUGAGCGCUUCAUCUCCGCCGUGCUAUCCAAGAAUGGCGACUGCAUCAUCGCCACCAUGGAAAACACUCCUGCCGUAUUUUUUUGGAGGCGGGACACCGGGCAGUGUAUGGCGAGCUUACAGGAAAUCUCAGGUACCAUAGUCAAGUUGGUUAAAUCCAGUCACCAUAAUAUGCUGCUGUCUUUAUCUACCAGCGGUGUGCUUUCUAUCUGGGAUAUAGACAUCAUCACAGCUAUGUCCAAUAUCGAUAAGACGGGAAAACCCAUCCAGAGUCUGGUGUUGCCUGCGAGAGGGGAAAUCAUCUACUCCCUCGAUGGCUCGGACUGCGUGCACAAGUGGAACUUCAGCAGCGGCUUCAUCGAAGCAAUAUUCAAGCACGAAGGCACCGUGGAGCAUUGUGUGUUGACAUCUUCUGGAGAUAUCAUGGUGACAUCCGACGACAAGAGCAGCCAGUACGUCUGGCACACCAGCAGCGGCGAAAACCUCUUCCGCAUCAACGGGCAGAGGAUAUGUCAGCUGCUCAUCACACACAACGACCAGUUUGUGGUCUCACUCUGCGAGGAAAACGCCUCCCGGGUGUGGCGGCUGGCCACGGGCCACAGGGUCUGCAACAUUCUGACCGCUCUGCAGAACGCCUUCAUCACUUCGGCAAACACCUUCGUGGUGGGGAUGACCAAGAGCAAGGUGCUGGCUGUCAGUCUCUGGACCGGAAGCAUCACCAAGAAGUUCUGCUGCGAAGAGGGGACCACCAUUGUGAAUUUUAAAUUGAUCCCCGACUGUCCUGACGUCAUCGUGUUCAUUACAUCUGCCGAGACGGUGAACAUCUGGAGCCUGGCCGACGAAGUCAUCUGUCGGCGCGUGCAGCUUCCCAACAACUUCUUGAAGAAUCUCGAGGAUUUCGAAAUUUCCCCCAAUGGAAAGCUGGGCAUCAUCUCUAGGGGAGACGAUAAUAUCAACGUGCUCGAUUUGCACAGUGGGAAACUGCGCGUGGUUCACGCCUCCGGGAUCAUCUGGCGGCAGAGGCUGUCCCGCGAUGGCCGCUAUCUGGUUUACAUUUGCUUCCGAAAUGGGGAGGAGGAGGAGGAGGAAAACGGUGCCAUCUCCAGCUUAAUUGUAAUGAGGUUGGCCGAUGGCAAAAACAUCGGUGCUUGCUCGCUCUACAAAACGCCCACUUUCCUGGCGCUCUCGCAAAGGCACCUGCAUAUCAUUGUGGGUUUUGAUGACGGCAGCAUUGGGAUAUACACCGUGGUGGACCGCGUAGACGCCGCGCUGAAGAUUAAGAUCGCCACUUCCAACAGCAGACAGAUCUUCAGCAAUGCAACACAGAUGUCCAGGCCAAAGUCUAGCAGCUAUUCCUUUAAAGUCUCCGUGGACUGUUUAUGGAGAGAGUCUACGGAGGUCUUCGCGAGAGACAGUCCUCUCACCGUGAGUGAGUCCAACGAUUCUGAGGCGACACCGUCCAAGAAACACAAUUCUAUUUAUGACCGUGUAAGUUCUUCCCUUGAGUCCAGGGGCCACAACUUUGCCCCUGAUAACUGAUGAAAUAUUUGUAAGGGUCAGCUGAACUGCAGGAGCCACAAAUGAAAGGAAAAAGAAGCGAGAGAGAGAGAGAGAGAGAGAAAUAAAGAAAAAAGCCUCCUAUGUCCUAGUUGAUAAAUCACUCAUUUCUUACAAGACAGGAGAGACACUGGGCUCCCAGUGUUUUCUUCCCAUACUAGUGAACCGCCCAGAAAUGGGAAAUUGGCUUGGGUUUCCAUCUUUUUGGGUUGUUGAAAGUGUAUCCAGAAUUGAAGUUUGGCAGAGAAUUUCUAGAUGUUGUCAGUAAAUGGUGACUUGUCCUUGAAAACAAUAGGGUGGUUGUCAAAUUAGCUCCCUGGUAAGAGGGACCAUGAUUCAUUCCAUUGUUUCAGAGUUAUACACGGAUGAUGGGGACCGGCACUGGCUCAACCCAAACUGGUUGGAACCGUGAAGACCAAGAGUUGUUUGACUUCAGACGAUUGUGUGGACAUAAGUCAACACAGCCUUAAUCUCUCCUUACAUUUUACAAUCCUGACAACUGUGUAAACCCAGUCUGCCGAUGGAAGGUGAAAAGGUGCAAAAUAACCUAACAAAAAUGCCCAGAGGGCUCUCCUCCGUUUCCCGUGUGAAACCAUGUGGAACAUGAGGCUGGUGAACUGGUCUGGGACACAAACUAAUAGCAAUCUUCAUAGGGCUACUGAACAUGGAGAGUCGUCUUCAUUAAACGUUGCAACCGUUGCAUGCGAGGGUUUCUCUAUAAUGGAAGGGGUGGAUUUUUAAAUUAUCUGUUUCCUUGGUUGCAGAAGAACAUGUUGGUCAAGAAGCCACAAUCUUUUCCUGUCUCUUUUGGAAUGCAUACUUGAGCUGGGUAUAAACGGAAGGACCAAAAGGGCAUUACUAGUUUGUUCAAAAUGUCUCUUCAUGCCGAUCCUUGUACUCACAAAAGUUUGUAUUCUUCUGUCAGUUGCCUGGAAGCAUACAUUAUUUCCAAAUCCCUCCAGUCUCUCUUCCCAGAACAAAGCUUUCUCGACGUGCCACUUUUGACACACUGGCGACAUUUGCCUUACUCUCAUUCCUCCUCUUUCCUGUGUAAAAAAACGCUGAUAGAUGACCAAAUACUCUGGGACAAACUGAAUAUGCCUGUCUUCGUGCUAAAAUAUUCCACAAAUCUUAAGAGUGUCCAAAGGUUCUUUACUGUCCCUAUUUGUAAUCACUUUUCUUACUCCUCUGCCCUGUAUGUAUGCUCCUUUCUCUGUUGAACUUCCCACCUGAGGACACUACUGAGCCUUUUGUAAGUAUCACCCAUUUCAGAGCAGAAGCUGUGUGUGAAAUGGCAGUAGAUCUUUAUUUCAGAAAGGACUUCACCUUCAAAAAAUAAGUAACAUUCCCCAGAUGAAAAUCUGUUCUUCCCCUCCCUAUCCUCCUCAUGGCAUAUCCUUGGGAACCUCCCGAGGUAUCCUAGUAGUGGUUUGGCCUAAUUUUAUUUGAAAGCAGCAGUAGGGGGUAGGAAUAAUGAACAAGGAAUGGACUCUCAGUCCAGCUCUGUCAUGAGCUCAUCGUGUCUGCCUAGACAGAUCUUCUGUCUCCCUAGUGUAUUGUUAUUGUAAGCUUCAAAGUAACCGUAGGGACACCCUCUGCUCGAAAGCUCUCAUGGAAGUUGGAGAGCUACGAGAGAGAAAAUGCAGUAGCUGCUUGAUGAGUGAUGCUGUAAGAGAAAGAGUGAUUGAAUCUAUAGAGAUUCCAAGUCACUUGUAUUUCACUUUGCAAAGCAUUUUGGCACAUGCGCCUUCAAAGAUAUGACUCAGAUAUAAAUAUGCCACUCGAUGGUGAAAGACUUUUCAGCAUGUUACUACUGCUCUUGCUACCAACCAGGUAGAAGGUAACCCAGAAAACAUGCAGAUGUACAUCCAGGUCAUCUGGAGUUGGUGAAUGAACUAAUGCUUUUUGAGCUCCUCAGAGAGAGCACACUCCUAACCCCUGUGAGGUGCCCCUUCAUCCACACAUAUCUAAGAAUUAAAUGCCUAGACAGAUUACAUGUAGCGUGUGAGUGUUCUAUGUAAAAGCCAGUUGAGUAUUAACAAGUGACUUGAAUGACUUUUCCUAAUUUAUCUGCAACUGAUAGCUCAUACUGAAUGUUUUUAUGUAAACUUUGUAUCGUUGGGAAGAAUUACCCAACCAGAGAUUUAUAUUUUCAUAAAUGUUACAUUUAGUUAAAUUUUGUUACAGAGUUGUUAAACUAGGAAACUAUUGCUGUCUUCAAAUAAUGUACAGUCUUGUGUAUGUAUUGUUUGUAUGAAUAAAAGAUAAUCUCCUCAGA